GGACAAGAGAAAGCUUAUGAUAAAAUCCAGUUGCUGGAGCAGAAAAAUCAGAGGCCAUGGAGACUGAGGCAAGGAGAGAGAGGGAGCAACGCAAGAGUGAGAGGGAGAUGCUGGAGAAAGUUGUGCAGGUUCUUCAGGAACAGGGCCUCCUGAUGACCGGGGAGAGCCUGGAGGAUCUAAGAGGACUGAGGGAAGAGCUGAGGAGUGAAAGGCAGCGCAUGCAGCAGGAGAGGAACUGCAUGGAGCGACUGAGGCUUGCAGAGAGACAGCAGUGGAAAGAGGAGAAGUCCUCCUGGCAGAGGGAGAUGAGAGAGUUCAGGCAGCAGUGGGAAGAGGAGAAGGCCUCCUGGCAGAGGGAGUGCAUGCGAGUGCUGGAGAGCAUGGAGCAUGAGAGGAGGGCAUACAGGAGGGAGUUGGCACAGCAACAACAAAACCUGGAAGUGUGGAGGCAGUGGGAGGAGUGCCAAUUAAGAGAACAGGUAGAGCGGUUUCAGCAGUCUGAAAUGUGGAGGAGGGAGCGUGAGGAGGAUCAGUGCAGAGCAGAGAUGUACGAAUUGCAUCAGCGGUGGGAAGAGCAGCACCGCAGAAUACAGGCCUCAAUGUUUGAGCUGCAUGAAGACUGGAGGAACUUUGAGGAGCUGAACCACAGAGAACGGGAGGACGUGUUAGAGCUCUUUGAAGGGCUGAGGAGAGAAUGGGUCACCUGGGCAGAACAGAGAAUGCAGGAGAGAAACAUUCUGGAGGAGGAACGAGAAACCAGGGAACAUGACCGGAGGAAAGAGAGGGAGGAGUGGAGGAAGCAGAGGGAAUUCAUGGAGUUUGCAUAUGAGCGCAUGGAACUCCAACAUGAGAUGGAAAUAGAAAGGUUGGAAGUGGAGAUAAGGGAACUGAGAUCACUUAUCUUACACAUAACUGAGGUGAAAACUGAGAGAGAGAGCACUGAGGAGACACAACUGCGGUUCUGA